CUUAUCGAAAGAAAGAUAUAGCUGUGCGUAAACUGAACUCUACAACUUAUCCUCCUCCUUCUCGUGGAAAUAAACCUGGAACUCUUUUCCAAAAUUCCAAAAGGGAUAAGAAGGGGGUGCAAAGAGAAGAGAUCAGUUAGCGGCCGAGACGAUAAAGAAUGGGUUUUGUUGGAGGCAGAGGAGGAGGAAUGGGCGGUGGCGGCGGCGGGAACAUGAUGAAAGCUAUGGGGAGAGCGGUUACUCGGGCUGGAGUGGCAGGUCUUCAGGACCCGAUUUCCCCGACAUCGGCAUCCGCCUCCAAUUCCCCUACUCCGGCUGGAUCCGCAGCGAGCUCGUCUUCUUCGACCUGCUCGAGGCAGGCCCACAAGUCGGCGGCUUCGGGGGCCGGGCCGGGUCUUCAUGUCUCGCCCAAUCCCGUCGCGCUUCCGAUAUCCUGGACUACUUCGGCUUUUUAUGGAUCCCCGUUCGAUGAGUAUGGGAGGGAUUGGGAGUGGGUUUCUGCCGAUGGAAGUUCCUCUUGUUCUUCUGACGAGAAGGGGGUUAUCUAUGGACUAGCCGACGACUUCUUCGCUCUUGGCCCGCCGCCGUCGGCUGAUGAAGUUCACACAGCUGUCAAUGAACUCUCCCAGUUUGUUGGUUCUGGACGAUACACGAGCCUGGUUCAUGAUAGGUAUGGGAAUGAGAUGAUGAAGGUGGGGAUGGAAGAUGAGAUUUGGUGGAGGCCUCUGCCUAAUUUGGCUGGAUCAGAGUCGGACUGGGACUGGAAGGAGCCUUCUCCUAACCUCACCAGGAUGUCUCAUCCUUAUGGGACUGAUACAGUUUACAGAGCUUUCCAUUUGCUGCAGAACGAUCAAUCCGUUCAGAGAAUGGUGACUUCUAUAUCCUCUGAUGCCGCCAUAUGGGAUGCUGUUAUGAACAACGAGGUGGUUCGGGAGCUUCGGCACGCUUACUAUCCAGGUAGAGAAGUAAACAGCAACAUGAAUUCAAUGAGUCAAGAGAGUACAAGUGAUGAGACUGGCGACAAGGACGGCGUUGGUGCAUCCGAAAAUGUGGUGGAGUGGAUCCUCGACAACGCUAAAGCAAGAGUCGUGGAAUUGAUGGAGAGCAUAGCAGAGCUUAUGAACAAGUUGUUCGCACAUCGUGUCGAGGAGGUACACGCUGGUGGUAUCGGGGAAAGAGCGAGCGUGGCAUUUGAAGGGAAGGUUGCAACCUCAUUACUGCUGUCAGUACUUGUGCUGCUCGUUGUGGUACUGAGCCGAGCUCAAAAGGCUUGACUUUCAAAUUCGUCGACAAAACAUGCUGCAAAUACAAUAUUUUCUUGCUACAAACAAACUAUGUUAAGUCUCUAUAUAUAUUCCUAUCGACUUUUGGGUCCCCCUAUGGGAUUCAUUCAUGUAUCACUAUUUGUUUUGUUGCACUUGUCUUUUGGUCUCGAGAGUAUGUCGUCCCUUUAAUAUUUGAGGUGUGUUUUGUGUACUUACCGUAGCAAAUGAGUUUCAGCUACUUUUGGAAACAACUUGCUAGAUGUUGGAUGUUCCAGUUACGUUUUGUCAAAUAUUACUAUUUCGGGAUUUCUUGCUC